AGCUGCCAAGAGAGACCCAAAGAGUCUUAGAAGUCAGAAUGAACGCUGUGUGUGGAACUGAACUUCUCCUCUUGCUGAUCUUUAUAGGAACAGAGAUCAAUUCUGCUGCUGCACAGAACCACUGUGAUAAAAACAUUGAGGUGACGACCAAGACAGAUUGUCAUUCUUGCUCCAUAAGUUCUGUAGUGAAUUGCCCAGAAGGCUACCAAAAGAAGACCCCCGGCAGGGGGAAGCAGGACUGCAGGUAUAAUCUGAAAACCAUCUCUAACCUGUCCAUUCCUGGCUGUUCCCAUGAAUGUUACAAAGAAGAGGUGGAACAGAGAUGCUGUCCAGGGUACUGGGGUAUCGACUGCAUUGAGUGCCCAGGAUCUGCUGCUACACCUUGCAAUAGAAAAGGAGUGUGUUCUGAUGGCAUGGGGGGUAACGGCACAUGCACCUGUAAAGCAGGUUUUGUGGGGACAGCAUGUGAGGAGUGUGAUGAGAAUCUGUAUGGACCCAUGUGCAGCACUGUGUGUACCUGUAAGCAUGGUCUCUGUAACAGUGGGCUGAAAGGGAACGGUCAGUGCACGUGCUUUUCAGGAUACACAGGCCCAGACUGCGACCAGGAGCUGCCGGGCUGUGCUGCUCUGCGCUGUGGUCCAGAUGCACUCUGUUUCGAAGAUGUUUCCUCAGGAAAACUAGCGUGCAAAUGCAAAUCUGGUUAUGCAGGUGAUGGAGUCCAGUGCACCUCUAUUAAUCCAUGUGUGAGGAGUGUGUGUCAUCAGCAUGCGGUGUGUGUGCACACGGGUCCAAACCAGCACACAUGUACAUGUACAGAAGGCUAUCAGGGAGACGGAUUGGUCUGCCUGCCCAUUGACCCUUGCCAAACAAACUUCGGAAGCUGCCAGAGCCACUCUACACGAUGUGUGUACGAUGGGCCUGGGAAGGCUCACUGUGAAUGUCUGCCAGGUUUUGAGAAGCUGGUUAUGGGGGUGGGCUGCAGCUUGAGGGAUGCGUGUAAACCAGACUCCUGCCACAAGAAUGCAUAUUGUACUAAUGUGGCACCAGGAACAGUGGAGUGUACUUGUCGUCAAGGUUUCCUUGGCAAUGGAAAAAUCUGUUUUGGCAAUAUAAUGCAGCGACUGCAAGAUCUGAACUCAGAACCUGGCAGCGGCUGGACGGGUCAGCUGUCCAACGGCAUUAGGCUGUUUGAGGCAGCCAUGUCCUGGCCUUUAACUUCACUUGGACCCUUUACUGUGUUUGUGCCAAGCAACAAGGCUUUAAAAUCAACAUCUGUGAAAACUCUGGUAGCAGAUGAAGCGAAGGCUCGCUAUCUGGUGAAGAUGCACAUGGUUGCUGGUGAAGUAACCUCUGAUUUUCUGAAGAAGGGGAUCCUCUAUUACACCCUGACUGGGAAGCUUGCUGAGUCAAUAACUGAGUCACAGCAAGUGAAAAUUCGUAUCCACGGCAGCCGUAGAAAAGGGACCCUGGUGGAGUCAGAUGUCAUUGCCUCAAAUGGAAUAAUUCACAUAAUUGAUAAAAUGAUGGACACAGUCCCUUCCACUGUAAUAAGUGACAAUCAGGAAAACCUGAUGAAGAUUCUGUCAGACAACAGCAAGUUCUCUCAGUUCAAGUCUUUAUUUGAGAAAACCACCAUGGCAGACACUUUGGAUCAGGCAGGUCCCUACACAGUGUUUGCUCCCACAAACACAGCCUUUUCCUUGCUGAAGGACGGCUACCUAGACUACCUUACGUCUGAAGAGGGCAAACCCAAACUACUGGAACUUCUGAGAAAUCAUAUUGUAGCUUCUGCCCAGCUGAGAGCUAGCUACAUUGUGUCAAACCCACGGACUGAGUCCAUGGCUAACCAAGUCCUGGAGUUCAAUGUGACCACUGCUGGUCAAAUAUUGAUCAACGGGAUAGCAGUGGUUGAGGCAGACGUUGAGGCAAAAAAUGGCCGUCUCUAUUCUCUGGACGGCGUUCUAAUCCCACAAUCCAUAGAACCUAUCCUCCCUCACCGAUGUGACACCACAGACAAAUAUAUUUAUAAGGCUCCAUGUGUGAGCUGUAGAUUUGUCAGCUUGUCCACCUGUCCAACUGGGGCCUCACUGAACACAUUUUCCCGAGGCUGCAUAUACACACAGAAGACUUUGGGAAUGAAGGUUCCUGUUCUAGGCUGCAGCCUGUUCUGCAAUGAGACACGUGUUACCCCUAAAUGCUGUGAAGGCUUUUUUGGGCAAGACUGUUCCCCUUGUCCAGGUGGUUUCAGCACCCCCUGCUCCUCCCAUGGCAAGUGUUUUGAUGGUAUAAAUGGCAAUGGCACUUGUCAGUGUGAGCCCAACUUUAAAGGAUCGCGUUGCCAGUACUGCGCUGACCCCAACAAAUACGGCCCAUCAUGCGACCAAACCUGUGGGUGUGUGCAGGGUGUGUGUGAUAAUCGUCCAGAAGCUCAUGGCACAUGUAAGCCAGGCUCCUGUGAACCAGGCUUCGCUGGGCAGCUGUGUGAUAAACAUGCACAGCCUUGCGGUCCCAAUCAGCCGUGCCACGCCCACGCUAACUGCGUCUACAGCGAGGGAGCGCUGACGUGUGUGUGUAAGCAUGGUUUCCAGGGAGACGGAUUCCUGUGUGCGGAGGUCGACGCAUGUGCUUCGCCCCCCAAUGGAGGUUGCAGUAAAAAUGCUAACUGUAUAAAAACAGGACCGGGCACACACCGGUGUGAAUGUGUGAAGGGAUGGAGAGAGGAUGGAGAUGAGUGUCAGCCUGUUAAUAACUGCCUGGAGCCCUCCAGAGGGGGGUGCCAUCCUAAUGCCUCCUGUAUACAUGUGGGCCCGGGACAGAACUACUGUGUCUGCAAGCAGAAUUACCGUGGCAAUGGGAGAGAGUGUGAGGCUGUCAAUGAGUGUGUAGAGCAGAUAGGAGGAUGUCACCCACGGGCCCUUUGCUUGUCUGUGAGUCAGAGGAGAUUUCAGUGUGUGUGUCAGCCGGGAUACUUGGGAGAUGGAAGUGUCUGCUACGGAACUCUGGCACAGGAGGUGGAAAGCAAUCCUGACCUGAAUGAAUUCAAUACAUGGGUUAAUCAAGCAGACCUCACACAGUUGCUGUCCGAGACACAUAACCUGACCCUGUUCGUGCCUUCAGCACAAGCCAUCAGCAAUUUGAGCAAAGAGGACCAGGAUUUUUGGCUGUCCAGCAGCAACCUUCCAAGUCUUGUCAAGAGUCACAUUGUGUCUGGACUCUUUGGCUUGUCUGACCUGCGUAGCUCCCCAUCUCCUCAAAUAACCUCCCUUCUGAAAAGGACUCUACCUGUUUCCUGGACCAAUGAGACCACCACAGUUGCUGGAGCUGCAGUUUUAUCAGGAGACAUGCUUGCAAAGAAUGGACUCAUUCAUCUAAUCAACACAGUUCUUGUCUCUGAUCGUAAGCUGAGUGAAGGUUUACUUGAGGUGCUGAACCAGAGACCAGAGUUUUCUCUGUUCAUGAGCUCUCUCACUAAUUACAACCUGACUGAGACGAUAGAGGAGGCAUCCGGCUUUACAGUGUUCGCACCUACGAACACUGCCAUCACGGAAUACCUGCAGAGCACAGGACAAGAUUCACUGGAUGUAAAUGUAACAAAGUACCACAUUGUCCUGGGGGAGACUCUGAAGCAGGGCGAUUUGCAGGACGGCCUGUAUAAAGACACUAUGCUGGGGUUCUCUUAUCAGCUUGGCAUCUUCCGCAAUGACAGCAAUCAGUGGUGUGUGAAUAAGGCUCAGCUGAGUGCUACAGACAUAGAGAGCACUAAAGGAGUGGUCCAUGGGCUGUCUGCCGUGCUGAAAAUUCCUAAUAAUCGCUGUGACACAGCCUCCUCCAAGAUUAUUCGGGGGCAGUGCAUGGACUGUUUCUACCCAGGCGAGAGACGCUGUCCACCUGGAACAGAGGAAGUAAAGACGAUAAUAACAAAGCGGAAGUGCACUUACAGCAGGAGGAAACAUGGCAUGUUCAUCGGCUGUCAGGCCUCCUGCCGGAAACUCACCAUCAAAAGGAAAUGCUGUGAGGGGUUUUAUGGUACUAACUGUGAGAACUGUCCAGGUCCAGAGGGUCAGCCAUGUUUUAGUAAUGGUGUGUGUAUGGACGGGAUCAAUGGCACCGGUGUGUGUCAGUGCAACCCUGGAUUCAACGGCACAGCCUGUGAGACUUGCCAAAUUGGCAAAUACGGCAUCCACUGUGACCAAGACUGUAAGUGUGUAAACGGCUGGUGUAACGAUGGUCUGGAGGGGGAUGGCACCUGUCAGUGUGAGGUGGGAUGGAGAGGAGUAUCUUGCUCUGUAGCCAUCACCACAGACUCGUGUGGAGGAAAAUGCCACACCAGUGCAAAUUGCCUGCUCAAAGUAGAAAACCAGUCAUAUUACUGCAGCUGUGCGGCUGGAUAUCAGGGUAAUGGAACAUACUGCACAGCGGUGAAUGCUUGUGAGAAAGAUAAUGGGGGCUGCUCCUACAAUGCGGUGUGUAAAAGGACUCUUCCAGGACGCAGGCAAUGUGUGUGUAACCCUGGCUUUGCGGGAGAUGGAAAAGUGUGUGUAUCUAUCAACCCCUGUCUGGAUGAUAAUGGAGGUUGCAGUGCAAAUUCAGACUGUAUACACACAGGCCCUAACAAGACAUCUUGUGUGUGCAAACCCGACUACUCUGGAGAUGGAAAGACAUGCUCUCCUGUCAACCUGUGUAGCAAGAAAAAUGGAGGCUGCCACAAGCAUGCCACCUGCACAAUGACUGGACCAGGAGAGCGGAACUGCAGCUGCCCGAGAGAUUUCAUCGGAGAUGGAAUAACCUGCAAAGACAACGUCAUGCAGGAGCUUCGAAACCGAGGCUUGACUGACUUCUUCUACAAUUUGCUGAGGGCUGAUAUUUCUUUUCUUCAAGGACGUGGUCCAUACACUAUGUUUGCUCCCAAUAAGCUUGCGUUUAACAAGCCAGAAUAUGAAAAGCCAGACACUAAAGAGGGCCGUGCUGCUCUCAUGAUGUAUCACAUAGUGUCGUGCCAGAGCCUCCUUCCAGAAGACCUCACCCAGCCUCGUAACCUCACCACCCUCACAGGAGAGGUCCUCACCAUCUCCUACUCAAAGGGUACAGUAUACAUCAAUAACAAAGUCAAAGUGGUCUACAGCGAUCAAGAAAGCAGCAACGGGAUUUUCCACGAAAUCGAUACUGUUUUGACACCACCCAGUUUUCAGAAGCUAAGUCCAGUGGACAGGACAACCACUCCCACACUCAAGGACAUAGCGAAUACACAUGGCUUCAAGACCUUUAUCAAACUACUGGAGGAUACAGAGGUGAUGAAAAAGGUCAUGGACCCUCUCCAUCUGCCGGUCACGCUUUUCCUGCCCACUGACCUCACUAUGGCUGCUCUGCCUCAGCAGCAGAAAGACUUCCUGUACGGCCUGCAUAACCGCGCUCAGCUGAUCGAGUAUCUCGAGUACCAUAUCCUCCGUGAUAUGAAGGUGCAGUCUGCUGAGGUAAUCCACUUAAACUCACUGAAGACUCUUCAGGGCUCGGAAAUCUCUGUGAGCUGCGUUGGAGAAAAACAAAUAGGUGAACUGUAUAUCAAUGACAAGAGUUGUCGAAUUGUAAAGAGGAGCCUGAAUUUCCCUGGAGGCACUGUUUUUGGUAUUGACUGUCUGCUAACACCUCCCAGCCUCGGAGGACGCUGUGAUCAUAAGGAUGUUGUAGAUAUCACUAUGCCCUGCAGACGUUGUAGUCUCUCACUUUCAUCUGAUUGCCCCGCAGUAAGCAAACCAAAGACUGUGGAGAAGUGUGAUCUGCCAAGGCGUCUCCUGGCUGUGAACACUGGAUGCCAGUCUGUGUGCUCUAUGGUCAUAUGGAAGCCAAAGUGUUGCUCAGGCUACUACGGGAGGGACUGUCUGGCCUGUCCUGGGGGGCCAGGAUCUCCUUGCAGUAACCAUGGGCAGUGUGAUGAAGACCACCUUGGCAACGGGACAUGCACAUGUAACACAGGCUUCCAAGGAGUGGCCUGUGAACUGUGCACUGAGGGCCACUUUGGACCCGACUGCAAAGCCUGUAACUGCACUGAACACGGGAUGUGUGAUGAGGGUCCAGAAGGCACUGGCUCCUGUUUCUGCAAUGAGGGCUGGACCGGUCCACGAUGUGAGCACAAAUUAGCCGACGGUCCCCUGUGCGUCCCUGCUUGCCAUAAGAAGGCCGUGUGUGCUGAGAACAACACCUGUGUGUGUAAACCAUUCUACGAAGGAGAUGGAAUCACCUGCAAAGUGACAGAUUUGUGCCAGUUCUGGAACGGAGGCUGUGCAAAGAAUGCGGAAUGCUCUCAGAAAGAGGAGAAGGUGAACUGCACCUGUCUGAAAGGCUACUCUGGAGAUGGUCUUGUCUGCUCACCAGUGGAUCCUUGUGUUGUUGAAGACAAUGGAGGCUGCCAUGAGCAUGCUAUCUGCACCAUGACUGGAGCUGGAAAGAGAAAGUGCGAGUGUAAGCCUAACUACGUUGGAGAUGGCCUGAUGUGUGAGCUGAAGGUACUCCCAGUGAAUCGCUGUAUGCAGGAUAAUGGCCAGUGUCAUUCAGACGCACAGUGCACUGACAUGCAUUACCAGGAUAAGACUGUGGGAGUCUUCCACUAUCGUUCUCCAUUGGGAACGUACAAACUCAACUAUACACAGGCGGAAGAAGCCUGCAGGCAUGAGGGUGGCACCAUGGCUACGUACAUACAGCUCUCCUACGCUCAGCAGGCUGGUUACAGUAUGUGUUCAGCAGGAUGGCUUGCAGAGAAGCGGGUGGGCUAUCCAAUGAGCUUCUCCAACGCUAAAUGUGGCUUUGGUCAUGUGGGCAUUGUGGACUAUGGCACUCAAAAAGAUCUAAGCAAGACCUGGGACACAUUCUGCUACCGGAUAAAGGAUAUGAAGUGCGAGUGUAAGGUCGGCUACAUUGGGGAUGGAUAUUCUUGCACUGGAAAUCUCUACCAGGUUCUUUCCACCAAGCCAGACUUUUCCAACUUUCUUUCACAAAUCUUGAAUUACUCCAAAGCUUCAGCUGCAGGGCAGGAGUUUGUGAAGCGCCUCACCAACAUAAGCAUCCAGUCCACUCUGUUUGUUCCGGAUAAUAACGGCCUCUAUGAGAAUGAGACCCUGUCCUACAGGGAUAUAGAGCACCACCUGCUGGACGGAAGAGCUCUGAUGUUGCAGGGCCUCAUUAAUGUUACUCACGUUCGAACACGUCUAGGACACACGUUGAAUGUAAAAGGUGUUGCCAGCCUCCAGGAUCCUCAAACACAGGCAUCCUCAGGAUACAUCAAUGACCGAUACAUCAUCGAACCAGACAUCCUAACGUCCAAUGGGAUCAUCCAUGUACUUCAAGGACCGCUGAAAGCCCCACCCCCUCCACCUCCAUCCCUGCCACAGGCCCAUAAGGCAGGGAUGGGGAUCGGUAUUCUGCUGCUAGUAAUCCUUAUUGUAGCUGCUGUGUUUGUGGGCUACCAUUUCUACAACCAGCAGUCCAAGCCAUUCCAGUUCCACUACUUUAAGGAGGAUGAAAGGGAAGAUACAAGCCCAUCUGACUCCACUCCAUACAUUUGUAACCCCACGUAUGAGGCCACACCAGCCCCCAGCAGCACAGAGCCCCCAAUGGAAAAUAAGGAGGAUAAGCACCAGGUGGUUUCUGGUGGCUCUUAUGACCUUCUCCAGGACAGCUGAAGAGACCUGAUCUUCUGAAUGAUGAUGAAGGGAUGGAAGCAAGGACAAACAAGCUGCAGUACUUUUGAAGACCACACCGGGGCAGCAAGAAAUGUUUCACAAUGACAGAAUGGUGAUUUCAUGAAGCUAAACUGAAGCAAACUAGCUGAUGAUCCAGCGUGAUGGGCAGUGCUUCAGUGAUUAAGUGUGACGGAGCUCGUUACAUCUCUGUAUGUGUGUGGUCAGGCUGAAUGGUGGUUGCUUGUUUUCUUUUGAUGCAAUGCAAUUUACAAUUUUCUACAGACACAAAUAAACAAACAAAAGUA